UUAUUUAUGUAAGGCAAUGGGACUCGGUAACCUAGCUUCGUGGCUUUGGAGACGUCGCUACAGGGGUUAAAGGCGAGCAACAACCAACAAUUGGAAGAAAGACCUAUUUUACAGUCCUAUUCUUUCAGCUUUUUUUUUUUGUUAUUUUUUUAAUGUUUAAGACGUCGAGGGAAGCGUUGGAUUUGCCUCCGUUUAACCUGCUCCUUGCUUGAGGAAAGGGAAGAUGCUGCUCGUGUCUAACAGACAGUGAAUGAAUGGCUCCURUCUGAAAAGUGAAUUUAACUGGUGAAGGGGCUCGAAAUUAGCCCAGCCGGGGAGAGGAGAAGCCAGCCAAGAUGGUAUUUUAAAGGGCCGUGCAAUAUAACUGCUUUGACGAAACGAAAGGAAAAAAACUGUUCUGCUGAGACAACAAGCCCCCCCUGUAAUGAUGGACGUCCCGGAGUGUCCACACUGUCUCCUCCUGCUCUGCGAGCCGGUGACCGUCUCGUGCGGCCACACGUUCUGCCGGAGGUGCGUGGAGGGCUACCUCUCGUCCAAAUGCCCCCUCUGCAGGGAGAGGUUCAAACAGAGGGAGGUGAGGGCCACGAAGAACAACGUGCUGCUCAUCGGCCUCACGGAGAAGUGCCACCCGGAAGGAACCAGAGUCAGGUGCCAAAUCCAGGAGAAGCUCAGAGCCAACCAGUUCGUGGAAGCUUUACGCUCGGCCAACGAGGGGCUGCGCCUGGACCCAGACAACCGGAGUUUGAAGCUUUGCAGGGCCGAAGCUAACCUGGGCCUGCUGCGCUUCACUGACGCUCUGACGGACCUCGACUACCUCUGCUGCCUUCACCCCACCUGGACAGAAGGCUUCUUUCGUAAAGGGAAUGUGCUGCUGGAAAUGGGUCAGCACAAAGAAGCCCUCAUCCACUUCCACCGCUGCCUAAAACUUCAAGCUGACUUUGUUCCUGCAAAGAGCCAAAUCAAAAAGAUCCUGGAGGCAGAGGGAAUAGCGGUGCCAGAGGAAGUUCCCUGCGUUUUACAGUUGGUGUCCGAUUACUUGAAAGAGCCCUGUCCCAUCACCACCCUCAGUGGCUGCCAGGUACCGAGUCACGGUGAAAGUAACCCCCAGCACGGAGAGAGGAGAGAGACGCACAAGAUGAAGCAUGACUCAGGAACAGAGUGCUGCCUCAGCCUCUGCCAAGCUGUUUCCUUCCUCCCUGCUGCUGAGGAAGAUGAGGAGAUGAUGAGGAAGGAGGACGGACGUUGCAGGGGUGAAAGUGAAGCACGCAGAGAGAAAACACUGAGUGUGCUCACCAUGUCAGACUUUGAGUGCCCUCUCUGCAUUCGGUUGUUUUUUGAGCCAGUCACAACUCCGUGUGGUCACACUUUUUGCAAAAACUGUGUCGAGAGGAGCCUUGACCACAACGUCCGCUGUCCACUCUGCAAACAGCCACUGCAAGAGUACUUACGAAACCGGAAGUACAACCCCACCAUUCUGAUUCAGGACAUCAUGACCCAACUUUUUCCCUCCCAGCUGGCUGAGAGAAAACAGAUACAUGAUGCGGAAAUGGCGGAGCUGUCCAAUCUCACCAAGGAUAUUCCUAUAUUUGUCUGCACUGUGGCCUUCCCCGGUGUGCCGUGCCCACUGCACAUCUUUGAGCCUCGAUAUCGGCUAAUGAUGCGUCGCUGCAUGGAGACUGGCACCAAGAAGUUUGGCAUGUGCAGCUACGAGCAAGGCAAAGGAUUUGCAGAUUAUGGCUGCAUGUUGGAGAUCCUUGAUCUGGAGUUUUUGCCAGAUGGACGAUCUUAUGUGGAAACAGUGGGUGGCAGCAGAUUCCGAGUCCUCAAGAGAGGUCAGAGGGAUGGCUACCACACCGCUGAUAUCGAGUACCUGGAAGACCUCAAGGUGGAUGGUAGUGAGCUGGAAAAUUUACAAGAUCUGCAUGACAGCGUGUACCAGCAGGCCCAGGACUGGUACCAACGUCUAAGCAGCCGCAUCCGCGAACAGAUUGACAGACAGCGUGGCAGCAUGCCGGAAAAGGAGGAGGACAUUCAGGCCUUGGCUAAUGGUCCGACGUGGUGUUGGUGGCUGCUGUCCGUCCUUCAGCUCGACCCUGCCUACCAAACAACGUUCCUGUCCCUGUCCUCCCUCAAAGACCGCCUGGGACACCUUCGCCUUGUCCUUGAGUACUUCUCACAGAGCUAGAACCCAGAGCACGGUGGGAUUGUGGCCACAACUAGUUAUCAAAUAUCUCUCUCUCUCUCUCUCUCACACACACACACACAAAGUGAAAUCAGUGAAACACACAAUAAACUGAGUCUGAGGUUUAGUUUAAAAACAACUCUUUUAAAAAUGACACUUGGCCAAUAGAAUCUUUUCACUACAAACACACUGCUGGGUUUGGAGGUGUUUUGCUGUUUGUUUGCGUAUAAAUACACAUUUUAUUGGUUGUACCACGUAAGAACUGCAGGGAUGACCAAAGAUGCUUCUUAUUUCAGAUCAUCAAAAGAAAAUAUUUGUGAACAAACUAAUUCAGGUCAUUUUUCUCACAGUUUUGCUGAGAAUGGACACUUAGGAUGAUGUUUUUUCCCCCUGAAGCAUUAUAGACAAAAUGAGCACUAGUAAUGUUUGGUUUAUUCAAAUGGAACUCAUACUUAAAAAAGUAAAUACAAAAAAUAUGUUUACUGCACGUUAAGAAGGGUGCACUUCA